AUGACCCUCUGGAACAUUCUAACUUGGAUUUACAGUAAUUCUGACUUUUUGAACAUUUAUGUACCUAUUAAAAAUAGUGUCAUCAUCCCUCGAUUGAUUAAGAGUGUGUCUGGAGUUCAAGAUAGUGACAAGCUCUCUAAUCCACGAACCAUUCUUAAAAUUGACGAAGUUACGUUCUCUAAAAAAAGUUGGGUUGGAGCUCAUGUUAUAUUACAGCUGGUAUUUGAGAGCAGCGAGGUAAGCAAGGGCUGGGAACUUGCUUUAGUUUUACAAAAUAUAGCUAAAAACAUGAAGAAUGGUGAUUGGACAUGUCAAACUCAUAAACUUAAGCAAUUUUCUCCAAGUCAGGGAUGCAGACUCUUCUGGAUGUGGACUAUUGGAGAGUGUUGUGAUUCUGGUUUGAGAUCAAAAUACCAAAACCAAACCAGAAUCAGUAAAGAUGAAAAGAGUGAAAAGGUUAAUGUCCAUAAUAUUCUAGGACUUGAAAAAUAUAAAAGAAGGCAAUGCUUUAUAUUACUAAAGAAGACAGGAGUUGUAUGCUCUAUGAUGUGUUAUCCGAUAUAG